UUUUUAUAUCUACGAAAUUUUAUCGAAUUCACAAUUUCAUGAAGUUCCUUCGAUUGAGCUCUGUUUACAGUUGACAGAUGCGAACUGGGGACGUUCAGAAAAAAUUUAAUUAAAUUCUUUUCUGCUGCAGUGACGACUUAUCUUGCGAGGAAAGAGAAAAGUCUUCAUCUUAAUAUUUAUCAAUUACAAAAUGUUCAUAUCCUAAAUAACUAAGACAUAGAUUAGUUUUCAACCCUGUUUACCGCGUCCGUACACAAAAAUUGACGAGGUUAUGUUUCGAUUACUUUUUCGCAUUUGGUUUUCAAAAUUUUCCCUAUUUUGGACUAAGAUUAAUCGAGAUUGUAUUAUAUUAUUUGAAUUUUCGGAGCAAUGAAGGCCAUUUUUAUUUUAAAAAUAACAAUCGUUCACAUGAAGCUAUCGUUCUAGCGUGUGUGUUUCAAGUAAAAUUUGAAAUGGUAACUUGCAAUGAAAGUGAAAGUCGGUAAAAGUGAAAAGGCCCUACAAAGGAAUACAUAAUGAAUUUGUACAUCUUCACACACAGCAAUGAAUUAAUUUUCUUUCGUUACAUAAUAAUUCUUGGAAAUGACUAACAGUGCAUGAUGUUUUGAAACUUCUCGAUAUCUCAAAAGUUCGCUGAGCGCUCAUUUUUGUUUUUCACUUUCAAAAGCUAGACUCGUGUGACAACUAUUUAAUUUAUUAUUACAAUGACUCACUAUCGACUUACAGACGAUUACAAUAAUAAAAAAAUUUUAAGCCAAAGGUUAAGUGCGGAUAGGCUGGUUCGCAGAGCUUCAAGACUGUGGUGAACUGCGGUGAUGAAUCAGCAGUGGAGAUUUGUACCAAAUGAACUAGAAUCACUGUUCACCAUGUACAUUUAUUCAAGGAGGAACGAUUAAGUGUUUGAUAAACAAUGAUUAAGGAGACUAUUGAUUAUCUGAAGGAUCCUCAUUUGGUAGCGAGGAUUCAGGAAUUUUUUGGAAUCAGAAUUCACUAUGCCAAAGAAUCACAAAAUAUUGAAGAAAAAGAAUGUACCGAUGAAUGCAAACGGACAGAAAAGAGGAGGAACGGAUACACUGAUGGAAAAAUUAACGGAUCCUGUAAAUUUGAUUACUGCAAAGAAGAAAAACAAAAAAAUCUCCCCAGUGACGCUGAAAACUCAGUAGAAUCUGAAUCUCUUAAUUACACAAUUACAAAUUAUUUUUGGUACUAUCUCUUCCUCUUUGGUACUGAACUCGGUGAUGAGACUUUCUACUGUGCAUUCAUACCAUUCUGGUUCUGGAAUAUCGACGGAGCUGUUGGCCGAAGAGUCGUUCUUGUCUGGGCUAUCAUCAUGACUAUUGGUCAGGCCAUGAAGGAUAUAAUUCGUUGGCCUCGUCCGUCUUGCCCACCAGCAACGAGACUGCAAAGUAAAUGGUCCCAGGAAUAUGGAAUGCCAUCGACUCACGCCAUGAUCGGCAUGUCGAUUCCUUUCAGUGUCAUAUUGUUUACGAUGAAUAGAUAUAUUUAUUCAUUUACCGUGGGCUGUACGAUAGCUACGAUUUGGUGUAUUCUCGUGUUUACAAGUCGAUUGUAUCUCGGCAUGCACACCGUGCUUGACAUUGUAGUCGGAUUAUCUCUGGCUAUUAUACUGAUGAUACCCUUGAUACCAUUGGUCGAUUUCACCGAUUAUUAUUUUCUCACCGAGAGCUGGGCAAUUGGGGCCCUCAUAGCUCUCACUAUCAUUACCAUCGUUUAUUAUCCUCAGAGUGACAGAUGGACUCCCACGAGAGGCGACACUGCGAUGGUUGUGUCAGUGACCGCUGGCGUUUACGUUGGAGCGUGGUUAAAUUACAAAACCGGUGCAUUAUCGGCGCCUCUCCUUCCACCGCCUUACAACAUUAUUUGGCCUUCUUGUCCAAUGUUUGGGCGUAUGACACUGCGUACGAUCAUUGGUUUUUGUUGUGUUAUCGCGACCAAAGCAAUUUGCAAGUCUCUCAGCUAUGCAGCAAUUAGUACCAUGUUCCGUGUCAAUACGAAAGAACUGAUGAAAAGUGAAAUUUCAUUGAACAACACGAAAAAAGUGCUUGCCGACUUAGUUUACAAAUAUAUCAGUUGUUUUAUGAUCGGUUUUAAUACCGUUUAUUUAUUGCCUAAUGUUUUCACGAUUCUCGGCAUUGAGAGACCGACUUUCUACACAGAAAUGUAAUUAUUCGUACUUGUCAAACUCGGAACGAGAUAUUUGGGCUCGAACAAUCCCAUUAUAAUCAUUCCAGCGAUAUCAAUUCUUGUUAAUGGCUGUUUUUUACGCCAUAUCUUUGUUAUGACGUCGAAAAAUAGGCUCGUUUUUGCUUGGUUGCGACAGAAGACUCCCUGGCAUCAAUCAUCCUUAGUCAUUCAUCCCAAAAACGUACAAUAGUUUAUAAAAGCGCAUCAAAGAUUCACGUACCUUUUUUACUGUACUACUAAAAAAUCUGCGCUUUGUUUCAUUUGUAUAUAUUUUGUUAUACAUACUAACUACGUAAAAUGAGCGAAAUAAUGGAACGCAAUAACACGAAAUUCUUUGUGUAUAUAUUGCUUAGAAUAAUUAUUUUAUUGUUAAGCCAGGCACGUUACUAUGAACUAGUCAAUGAAUACACUGCUAAAUGAGUAGAAAGUGACCGUUUUCACGUACGGAUCAAUUCGUAUGAAAAUUUGACCGUUCUUCGACGUAAAAUUAUUCGUUUCUCGAAUUCAUAUUUCAAUUAUUCUUUCAGCAUUUUAUAGAACUAUAGCGUUAUUUUGUAGCUAAUUUGGAACGUAAGAAUUUUUUUUUUAACUCAGUACAAUGCCUGUACAGAAACGUUAUCUAAGUCCUGUGAAGGUUGUAAUUAACAACUCGACUUUUAUCCUCGGGUCUUUGGCGAUUAAGUAAUAUCCUCUAUAAAUUAUUUAUUAUAGCCUACAGUUGUUGAUAUGAAAGGAACAACGUACACAAGAACGCACAGAUAAAUCAUACUUUUUUGUUAUUGACUUGAUAAUUUCUUCGACGUUUCUCAGAUGUGUAGAGUAAUCCUCACAUAACCGAAAUGAUCAGACGCAAUACCUGCAAAUUUUUAGUUAUUUAAUUUCUUACAUACUUCAAUUUUUAUAAUUCAUUACAUAUAAUCAUGCCAAUAACUUUAUUCUACAAAAAUGUAUACAAAAUCUAGAAAUGUUCACCAACCUCAAGACCUCUAUCGCCAUACAUAAUAAUAAGACUAUUGAAUAAUUCUUAGCAAUUUACUGUUAAAAGAAAAUUGUUCAAUGUAUGAUUGGUGAUUUCAUUUCACAUCGCUUUAUAUGAAUUUGGUCAUAUUCUACCAUACUUUUGACUUUAUCUUCCCUUUUAUCUUAAAUUCCUUAUUCACACUUAUUUGAAUGUGGUAACGAAAUGUUGGAAACGAUUUCGUAUAAGUUUUUGUAACUAUGAGACCUGCUACUUCAGGCGGUAAAAAAUAAAGUCAUCCGAUCUUUCAUUGAGAAAUAUUUUGUUCGUUUAAACGUUCAUUUUUCUCCAAAAAUGUAUUCAUUUAAAAUUCAUUAUAUAAAUUACCAAAUUGCGUUA